CAUGUCUGAACUAGACCUUUGAUAAAGACACAGGUAUUUCUGGUGAGUGAGAAUGAAAAGGGAUAAGACUGAGCGGCUACUCUAUUAUUAUAAUAUAUCGUUCAGUGAGGUAAGAUUGAAGCUGGAUCUGUUUUGUGGUUGUUAGUUUUAGACAUUAACGAAAGUAGAGACAGAGAAGAGACAACAGGGUUGGAACAUCAAAAACUCACUGUGUUCAGAACAGACUGCAGUCCAGAAAAUGAAUGCUCCCAGCGAUGAAGAAUUAUCAGUGGAUGUAGUGUUUUUGAACGACAGAGGCUUCAACACAGACCGGAGUUUGAGUUUCUGGCCUGCACAAAGGACCAGACAGCGACUGGACCGAGCGCACACGUACAGACCAGCUCCUGGCGAACUGUCUCAGACGCAGUGUGAACACCUGGCGUCAGCGCUGAUCAACAAGUCAUUCAUUUAUGAGGAGCUGGAUCUGAGGAGAAGCUCCCUGAAGGCCUCAGGAGCCGAGCUGCUGUUUGCGGCGCUGGACAGUUCAUAUUACAGCCUGGAGGCGCUGAGGCUCAGCGACUGCGUGUUGACGGAGAGGUGUCUGACCUCCCUGGUGUCAGCUCUCACAUCAGGGAGGUUUUACCUAAAGGAGCUGGACCUGAAUGGAAACAGGCACCUGAUGGAAGCAGGCGUGCGUCUGUUGUCUGCUGGACUGAGGAACAGGAAAUGCCGACUGAAGAUUCUCAGACUUGUUUGCUGUAAGUUGACGGAAACCAGCUGCGCUUACUUGGGUUCUGCACUUGAACGCAGCAUCUGGUUGGAGGAGCUGGACCUGAGUGGAAACCGUCUGCAGGAUGCGGGAGUUAAGCUGCUGACUGCUGGACUGAAAGGCCCGCUUUGUGUUCUGAAGGCUGUGAGGUUGAGGUCCUGCAGCCUGACAGAGAUGAGCUGUGGAUACGUGGCCUCCGUACUGAUGUCCAGGCCCCUUCUCAAAGAACUGGACCUGAGCCUUAAUCAGCUACAUGACGUAGGAAUCAAGCUAUUGUCUGAUAGUCUGAAGAGUCACAACUGUAAACUGAGAACUCUGAGGUUGACAAGCUGUGCGUUCUCAGUUCAGGGCUGUGCUGCUCUGGUCUCAGCUCUCACCUCCAGAACCUCUGACCUGACUGAGCUGGACGUCAGUGGAAACCAGCUGCAGCCUGAAGGGAUGAGGCUGCUGUCGGCGCUGGUGCAGAGUCCAGCCUGUCACCUGCAGACUUUAAGAGUGAGCAGUGGACAAAACCUUAUCACAACGGAGAGACCUGUAGCAGAAUUAGGUACAAGCUCAAAUCCAUCGGCCGACAUGACAACACGUGACAGGAAGUUGGCUGAACAUAUGACCCGGAACCUACACGUGUUUGUACCGUUUGUUCAGCAAGGAGACGUUAACACGAGACGACGCUCCAGUCCCUGGGAUACGAGAAGACUUAUUGCUCCAUAUGAAUCCUCACUAGAACAAACAGUGAUCAAGAUACACAAAGUCUUGCCGAUGCUAACACAAGCCAAUCCAUCACAUGCUGCUCAUGGUCCAAACACAACAAACAGAGACCCUGGUCCUUCAGAGUGCGCAGACGCCUUCAAGACAGAUUUUACACCUGAAGUUUCUGAAAUUAAACCUGGAGAAACCUCAUACAAGUUCAGAGUCCAGCAUUCGGGGACGUACCAGUGUGUUCUGACCCGGCUGGUGUUCACUGUGACUCAGCCGGGCCGGCUGUCGUACAGGAUCAUCCAGUGGGACCAGGGCCUCCUGCAGUCCGCUGGAAAGACGCCCGCAGGUCCACUUUAUAGCAUCCAGUGCUCCGAGGACUCCGUGUCUCAGCUGCACCUCCCUCACUGUGAAACACAACCUGCGCUCAUCACUGGAGGCCUGUCUGUCGUCCACUGCAGCGAUGAUGCAAUGAGCUUCCUUGAGCCGCUGCGCAUAACAGACACUCAUGUGGUUGUGGACGUCCCUCACUUCUCUGCCUUCGGCCUAGUGUGGGAUCUCAUCGAAGGCUUCCUAAACAUCCACAGGCCCACGAAGGGCCAGGUUCUGCUGUUUCAUCGAACUAGGAAAAACCAGACAGUCAACGUGUUCCUGCUGCCAGAAAACGUCCCACUGAUGGAGGUCAAAGGUCAGCAGGAGGAAGCUGCACACAUUGUGACACCUUCUUCCUGUGUCCUCAGUAAAGGUCGUUCUUACAGCCUACGCUGUCCGGAGGCCUACAGAGUUCAACCAGCGUGUUCAGUGUUUGACAUCAAUUAUGGACCAAAUUAUCACCCAGCCUUCGAGGUUCGACUCAGCUUGAACACUGAGGAGGCAGCUGUGACCGUCUUGGACCAGGAGAGGAUGCCUGUGUGGGAUUACUAUGCAGAAUUCACUGGUUUAAGCUUUGCAUCAAACUCAAGCCUGACAGCCGCUUCCUCAGCCAUGGAACCAGACUCUGUCCAUCGCCAGGCUGAAGGUUCUGGCCCAAGUGGACAAAAUCUACCAUGGCCAGAGAGUGUCCAAGGAGAGGAGGAGAGGAAGCUGCUCUCUGUGAGGUCAAAGGUCAUCACCGCAGCGUCCACUUCUGUUGUUAACGCCUUGCUGGAUAAUCUGUUGGAAAACAGAGUCAUAAACAGCCGAGAGAUAGAGUCAGUGCAAGCGAUGGCAAGAGCGGACAAAACACGAGAGCUGCUCGACAUGGUCCGAAGAAAGGGAAACACAGCCUGUAAACUCCUGAUUGAUACGCUGUGUGAGUUAGAUCCCUUUCUGUCUGAAACACUGCAGCUAAAACAAGAAUAACAGAUAGAUGAGUAUUCAAGACAAUGAAUUGUGUGCCUUCACUUAAAUCAACUGUACAGAUGUUUCCACUUUUGUACUAUGCUGCUGAAUUGAGGUUUACAGCUUAAAAUAGAAGCAGCUUGAUCAUUUAACAUUUAUAACAGUUCCUACCUACAUGCCAUUGUUUUUGUGUAGUAAGGAAGCAUGACACUGUCCAUUGGUUUGCUCAUGCAAUAUUUGCCUGUGUGAUAUAGUAUUAACAGCGCUGCAUUACCCUGUGCCACAGUGAAACUAGUGUGUCUGUGUCUAAUGCUUGUGUAAUUCUUAAAUACUGAAUUGCCAGUUGUGUUUUGGUGUCUGUACAAUGAAGUACUAUGGUAAAUAGUAAAAGCUUUGAAAGAAGA